AUGGCCACGCCUCCCGCCCCGCAGCGCAACUUCUUCGCGCAAAAAACCCAUCGGUUCCUCGCGGCGCUGGUGUUCCGCGACUUCCGUUUUCUUGCCCUGGCGUCGCUGAGCAGUGGGAGCGGUGCGUGGGCUCUGAUCGUCGCGCGCGGCGCAUGGGUUUACAGCAUUCCCGAGCUGCAGGGCAGUUGGGGCCUGUGGGUCGGCUUGAUCACCUUCGCCGCCAUGUCGCCGCGGUUUUUCGCGACUCCCUUCAUUGGGUACCUCGCCGACAAGAUGACCCGCAAGACCCUGCUGCAAUGGGUCUACGCCCUGCAACUGAUCCAAGCUUCGAUCAUGGCUAUCUUGGUGAUGAUCGGUGUCGAUAACCCGUGGUAUGUGCUGAUGCUAGCCGUCGUGAACGGCACCCUCCGCGCGACCCAGCAGACCGCCGCUCAGUCGUUGACGCCAAACUUGGUGCCCCGGGAACGGCUACCCAACGCCGUGGCGUUGAACGAAGCCAUGCAGCAGGGUUCCCGCGCCGUCGGUCCCGCUAUUCUGUUGGCUGUUUCCGCUUCGGUGGGCAGCAGCGUCCUGUUCGGUGGGGCCGGCGCGGCGUUCAGCAUCCAGAACCUGGUGCUCACCAUAGGGACGUCCGCGAUCGUGUUCUGGGCCUGCGGGGUCUUCUAUCUGGUUGCCUUGGUGUCCGCGCUCAGCAUUCGUACCGUAUCGUCCGGCGUCAUUGACCGGCGGCGCAGUUUCUGGGCCAAUACCGCCGCCGGGUUCGUUUACUCGUACAGCACUCCCCUGGUGUUCGGCAUCAUUCUCAUGGCCCUGGCCCACUGCGUGCUGGUCAUGUCCUUCGAGUCGAUGCUACCCCCACUCGCCUUGGAGAAGCUGUCCCCGGAUGGGGUCACGUUUAGCGAGAAUGAUGUUUACGCGCUGAUGACUGCCCUGGGCAUUGGAGCCUUGCUCUCUUCGAUUUUCGUGGGCGGAAUCGCCAGCCACAUGACGCGCGGCCGGGUUUUCCUGUUCCUCGGUUUCACGAGCAGCCUGACCCCCAUUGGGUUGGGGCUCUCCGCCCAGACCGGCAUAUCCAUGUUCGCCGCGAUUUUGAUGGGGUUGGGUACCUCCGGCUUCAUGACCAUCACCCACACCAUAAUCCAGUCGGUUGUGCCGGACGACAUCCGCGGCCGCGUCUCCUCGGUGUAUUCCAUGCACGUCGGCGGCAGCAUGGCAUUUGCCAACCUGCUCUACGGGCGCUUGGCGGACUUCUGGUCCCCGGGCAACGUUAUGGCCGUGGCCGGCGCCGCAUUUACCCUCGUGGUGGUUGGGACACUGAUUGGCAGCGGUUUCUGGCGCGGCAUCUACUUCCGCGGCGAGGCUCGCCCGGUAGUGGCUGCCGCCAGCCCGGCCGGCGGAGACGAUUAG